UAAGAAAACAUAACACAAAAUGGCUAGAGUCUCUUCUCUUCUUUCUUUCUCCUUAACACUUUUGGUCUUUUUACAUGGCUACACAGCUCAGCAGUUUCCUAACGAGUGCCAGCUCGAACAGCUCAAUGCGCUCGAGCCUUCACACGUACUGAAGAGUGAGGCUGGUCGCAUCGAGGUGUGGGAUCACCAUGCUCCUCAGCUCCGAUGCUCAGGCGUCUCCUUCGUCCGUUAUGUCAUCGAGUCUAAGGGUCUAUACUUGCCUUCUUUCGUCAACACCGCGAAGCUCUCUUUCGUGGCUCAAGGAAGAGGUCUUAUGGGAAAGGUAAUCCCCGGAUGCGCCGAGACAUUCCAAGACUCAUCAGUGUUCCAACCACGCGAAGGCAGACGACAGUACGAGGGUCAGGGUGAAGAAGAAGAGCAAAGCCAAAGGUUCCACGACAUGCACCAGAAAGUGGAGCACAUAAGGAGCGGCGACACCAUUGCCACCACACCCGGUGUAGCACAGUGGUUCUACAACGAAGGACAGCAACCACUUGUCAUCGUCAGCGUCUUUGAUCUAGCUAGUCACCAGAACCAGCUCGACCGCAACCCAAGGCCAUUUUACUUGGCCGGAAACAACCCACAAGGCCAAGUAUGGCUACAAGGCCGAGAGCAAGGGCCACAAAAGAACAUUUUCAGUGGCUUCGGACCAGAGGUUAUUGCUCAAGCUUUCAAGAUUGACCUUCAGACAGCACAACAACUUCAAAACCAACAAGACAACCGUGGAAACAUUGUCCGAGUCAAAGGCCCGUUCGGUGUCAUUAGGCCACCUUUGAGAGGCCAAAGACCUCAGGAGGAAGAAAGAGAAGGUAACGGCUUAGAAGAGACCAUAUGCAGUGCCAGGUCCGUUGAUAACCUCGAUGACCCGUCUCGUGCUGACGUGUACAAGCCACAGCUUGGUUACCUCAGCACUCUCAACAGUUACGAUCUCCCAAUCCUUCGCUUCAUCCGUCUCUCAGCCCUCCGUGGAUCUAUCCGUCAAAACGCAAUGGUGCUUCCACAGUGGAACGCAAACGCCAACGCGGUCCUUUACGUGACAGACGGAGAAGCACAACUUCAGAUCGUAAACGACAACGGUGACAGAGUGUUCGACGGACAAGUCUCUCAAGGACAGCUUAUUGUCGUACCUCAGGGUUUCUCCGUGGUUAAACGUGCAACAAGCGACCAGUUCAGGUGGGUCGAGUUCAAGACAAACGCAAACGCACAAAUCAACACUCUUGCCGGGAGAACCUCAGUCUUGAGAGGUUUACCUUUGGCUGUCAUAACCAAUGGAUUCGAAAUCUCACCCGAAGAAGCAAAGAGGGUCAAGUUCAACACACUCGAGACCACUUUGACUCACAGCAGUGGUCCAGCUAGCUACGGAAGGCCAAGGAUGACUACAGCUUAAGAGGUUCAAACACGGCGGCGAUUAACAGUGAAGCUCUACUGUAAAAGGAAACUAAAUAGUAGUAGCUAGUAAUAAUAAUGUAACUGGUUUUGUCGAAGUUUUUACCUGUAAAAUGCAACUCCUUUUCUGAAUAAAAUGUCUUUUUGUUUUUCUCCGA